AUGAGUGCGUCCUCAAGCAGACAUAAUGUUGAACAUGGCCCUCCUUCAGGGGUCAGUAGCAAUACGGACGGAACUGAACAGGUCUCCGUACCGAAAAGGCACGACAAUAAAAUUUACAUCAAUGUUGGUGGAGUCAAACAUGAAACUUACAAAUCGACGCUGCGGAACAUCCCCGACACCAGACUGUCUUGGUUAACACAGACUACCGCCAAUAACGCCGAUUAUGACCCGGUAACCAAAGAAUUCUUUUUUGACCGUCACCCGGGAGUGUUUUUGGCGAUUCUUAACUAUUACCGGACAGGUAAACUUCAUUGUCCCAACGAUGUGUGUGGUCCUCUUUUCGAAGAAGAGCUCCAGUUUUGGGGGAUUGACGAGAAACAGAUCGAACCGUGCUGCUGGUCGACUUACACGCAACACAGGGACGCGCAAGAGACGCUAGCGAAGCUGAACGGACCGGAUUGGGAGGAGAAUGACUUGGAGGAAGAUGAGGAGGACGUUGCUAAGCGAUUUGGAAUCGAGGAAUCGGGAGGUUUCGAGAAAGAUACGUGGUGGGAACGAUGGCAGCCCAGAAUGUGGACUUUGUUAGAGGAGCCCUACUCUAAUUUGUUAAAACGCCUUUUGGCAGUGAUAUCCUUGAUGUUCGUUUGUGUUUCCAUAACAACGUUUUGCCUGGAAACGGUCAGUGAUUUACAAGAGCCGGUUUACUCAGAAAAUGCAGAAACGAAUACCACUGAGAUAAUAGACUAUAAACCAAGGGACGAACUAUUUUACAUCGAAGCCGUCUGUGUUACCUUCUUCACCGUUGAGAUUAUAGUUCGGUUUAUAUUUUCACCAAGUAAACUGGACUUCUAUAAAACUGCACAGAAUAUUAUCGAUUUUCUGGCUAUCGUACCGUUUUAUGUGGACGCCAUAUGUAAGAUUGCUAACGUCAAUGUGAGCGGCACGGCUAAUGAUAUCCUAAGCUUUGCGAGAAUCGUCAGGAUAUUUCGUAUCGGUAAGCUCACGAGACAUUUCAGCGGAUUGAAAAUUCUUGUGCAUACAAUCAGGGCCAGCGCUAAAGAACUACUACUCCUUAUCAUAUUCUUGGGGUUAGGAGUUCUCGUCUUUGCCAGUUUGGAAUAUUACGCCGAGAAGUGGUUAGCCGAGGAGGGUCAAACGAACGAUUUCACGGACAUACCAAUCGGUUUCUGGUGGGCGGUCGUCACCAUGACGACAGUUGGUUACGGAGACAUGGUUCCGCGCACGCCAUCGGGGAUGCUUGUUGGCGCAAUAGCGGGUGUCUUCGGUGUGUUGACAAUUGCUCUUCCGGUUCCGGUUAUCGUGAAUAACUUUGCCUUAUACUACACACACGCUCAAGCAAGAGCAAAACUUCCGAAGAAGAGGAAAAGAGUUUUGGUUGGAGCGGCAGAUGCCUUAAAAACGCAAGGACAGACUUUUAGUAGCAUUAGUGGCUAUUCAACACAGUCCACAAACGAGGCAGAAGCAAUACAUGACAGUGUAAGCGAAAGUAGUGAGGACAGCGGAGUCAAAACGAGAAACCCUAAAACCGCCAACGGUCAAUCGACGGGAAUUAGCGUAACAUUCACAGAUGAAGUAACAGAUAGUCCCAAAACUACAAGAAAGAAAUCACCUAAUACUGGCAAGCGAGGUACUGGACGACGGGAAAGUUUCGUUCCUAAUGGACUCGGGGUAGGAAGACGAGAAAGUUUCAGACCAAAUGGUAGUAUUGCAGGACGAAGUAAGUCUCUUCAUGGACCUAGCAAAGGACCACCAGCAAGAAGGAGGUCUCUACUGCCCUCUAUGACAGAAAUCGAUGUAUAA